AUGUGGUACAGUUAUAAAAAGAAUGACCAGGUUAACAAUGACCUACUAGAACCAACACUGGUGGACACCCAGAUUGAUAAUAAUGUAGAAAAUGUGAUUGAGAAUGUUCGACUACUUAAUAACCAUGAAACGAUAAAAAUAACCAUCACUACUGAUAAUGAAAAACCUGGUACUGAGAAUAGCGGGGGUGGUGUUGAGCCGCCUGUAGUAAAGGCAGAUAUUUGCGAUUCACUGGCCCGUCGGGUACCAGCUUUUGGUCUCCUACUCGUUUUUGGAUUUCAAUUCCUACUCUACACAACAACAUGCUUAAUAUACAAAUACCCAUUAACACCGGCUAUUAACCAACGCGUAACUUUAGCUUACCGGUGCCUGACCGGGACACUAUCAUUCUCGGUACUAUACAUCGCGUACCGGUUGAUGCCAUUAGCCGACGCAACCACCCUACGUUUCACCACGCCCGUAUUUGUGGCCGUAUUCGCCUAUUUCAUACUGGGUGACAAACUCACCAUGGUUCAAUUGGGCACAGGGGUGUGUACGUUGGCCGGCGUUGUGGUUAUCGCCAAACCGGUGUUCCUAUUCGGGGAGGAAGAUGGGAAUGGGGCCGAACCGGCAAAACACGAGAACCGCAUAUUGGGUACACUAUUGGCCACUCUGUCGGCCGCCAGCGCAGCCAUGACGGCCAUAAUGUUGCGCCGACUUAAGGGCACACCCGUGGCUGUGGUCAUCGUAUGGUACUCGGCCACACGGCUAACGGUGCCCGAGGGUUGGUUGGCGUGGACACUGUUGGCCGGGGUGGGAGCGUGCGGCGCGUGCGAGCAGUUUUUCAUCACAAAUGCCCUGCGCUACGAGUCGCCCAGUCCCGUGUGUAUCGUACGCACAUUUACCAUCGUGUUAUCGUUCAUGUGGGAAGUGACCUUGCUCCGGGAGCCCAUCGAGUGGACCAGCGUAUUGGGCGCCUGUAUGUGCAGCUCAUGUGUGGUGGUGUUGGCCCUAUUCAAGUGGCGUCAGGAGUCGCCCGAUUUGUUUGCUAAUAUGUGGCAGCGAUUAACUUGUGGCCCGACAGGUGCUAAGGGUAGUGAUACUGAUGCUGAUCAGUGA